AUUUUGUGAACUAGCGAGUCAAUGUCGGGCCGAGGAAAGCAGGGUGGUAAAGUGAGGGCGAAGGCCAAGUCUCGCUCCUCGCGGGCUGGGCUGCAGUUCCCUGUAGGUCGUGUGCACCGUCUUCUCCGCAAAGGUAACUAUGCUGAGCGGGUGGGUGCUGGCGCCCCGGUCUAUAUGGCCGCGGUGUUGGAGUAUCUGACCGCUGAAAUUUUGGAGCUAGCUGGCAACGCUGCGCGAGACAACAAGAAAACCAGAAUCAUACCCCGUCACCUGCAGCUCGCCAUCCGUAACGACGAGGAGCUCAACAAACUGUUGGGAAAAGUCACCAUUGCUCAAGGGGGUGUUUUGCCCAAUAUCCAGGCUGUGCUGCUGCCCAAGAAAACUGAGAGCCAUAAGGCGAAGAGCAAGUAAAAGUGAACAUAUACUAAAUCAACCCAAAGGCUCUUUUCAGAGCCACCCACAGUAACAGAAAAAGAGUUGAGUUCCUAAUACACUAAUCUAUUACAUGCUUUUAAAAAAACACGUUGAGUGUUGUAAACUCUGGUUUACUUUUAUUAAGUGAAAAUUUUUGUAGACUGAUUAGGGUUAAAGCUUAAAUUACCGCCUCUUUAGUUUAUUAAAAACUUAAUAUUUCUGUUCAUUC